CUAAUCGGGAAUGGGCGGGUGACGUGUGUAUACGAGUGUUGAGUAAAGACAUGAUUAUACAAAACAAUACAUUGUUUUUUCAAACAUAUAUGGAUAUGUUUACGGAUAUUUAUAUUUGACGAGCCGAUUUCAUCUACGAUUUCCGUACUCCUGGAUCCAACGUUGAAUCUAGUGCAUAGUGAAAUAACCUCCAAAUCAUCACUCCGUAUUGUAUGAACAACACUAUGGAGAUUGCGACCACAGAAACCAGAAAUGUAUCUGAAAAGGCCAACGGUAAUAUUUGGCGCGAUAUUUUGGGCUCUCCUAGAUACGUUGUUGCACCCAUGGUAGAUGCUAGUGAACUAGCAUGGAGAUUACUUUGCCGCAGACAUGGAUCUCAUCUUUGCUACACCCCAAUGUUACACUCGUCGGUCUUCUGCAGGGACCCAAAAUACAGGCGCGAAGCACUUGCCAGCUGCCCUGAGGAUCGUCCGCUAAUUGUACAGUUCUGUGGUAAUGAUCCGAAAAUAUUAUUAGAAGCAGCGCUCCUAGCAGAACCUUAUUGUGAAGCUAUUGAUAUAAAUCUUGGAUGUCCACAAGCCAUUGCGAAACGAGGUCAUUACGGAGCAUUUUUACAAGAUGAUUGGGAGCUGUUAAAGAAUAUUGUUUCAACAUUGAGUCAAGGCCUGAAAAUACCUGUUACCUGUAAGCUCAGAAUAUUUCCUGAAAUUUCAAAGACAAUUGAUUAUGCUCGAAUGCUGGAAGAUGCGGGAGCAGCUAUGCUCACAGUUCAUGGCCGUACGAGAGAUCAGAAAGGACCUCUUACAGGCUUAGCAUCUUGGGAACACAUCAAGGCUGUCAGAGCACAUGUUAAAGUUCCAAUGUUCGCGAAUGGUAAUAUACAAACUGUACAGGACGCGGAUAGAUGUAUGCAAGAAACAAAUGUUGAAGGAGUGAUGACUGCUGAAGGGAAUUUAUACAAUCCUUUUAUAUUUGAAGGAUGUUAUCCUCCCGCUUGGGAACCAGCUUUGGAGUACUUAGACCUUGUCGAACGAUAUCCUGCACCAAGUUCUUACAUAAGAGGCCACUUAUUCAAGUUAUUUCAACACAUACUUUGUUUACCAGGAAAUGAAGAGGAGAGGGGGAAUCUAGCGAGAAAUUCCACCAUGGAGUCAUUUCGGGGGGUUGUGGAAGCGCUCAGGGCUCGGUAUUUACCGUAUCACGAAGGUUGUCUGUCAUGGGAUCCCCAGAGCAGUGAUUACAACUUGAAAUUACCGCCAUGGCUUUGCCAGCCUUACGUGAGAGAUUCGCCCCAAGAACAUUUAAAUAAAAUUGAAGCGAAAAAAAUGGAACAAGUAAACAACAUGGUUAAAAAAGAUUACAAAGACGAAGAUGGCAACGAAAUAUCGCGUAAGCGCUCAAAGAAACUUCGCCGAAUUGCUCGGAGACCUAAUAGACAAGAUUCAGUUAAAAGAAGUUCAGAUUUAUGUACAGAUUGCCCGAAUCCACUGGGUUUCAAAUGCGAGUACAAACUUUGCCGACAGUGCUGUAGAAAGAAGUGUUUCCGGGAAAACUUGGACUGUCCGGGGCAUAGAAAUCUUACUAAAACCAGAAGACAGAUAGCUAUUGAAUUUGCUGUAAAGAGACAAGACAUUGAUAGUGUGAAAUAAUAACUGCUACACAACUGUUACGUGAAUAAAUGAUGUAAAUAAAAAUUGUGAAUUUGAAGCAACA